AUGUCUGUUACAGACUUCACCAUAACUGAUGAGAACGUACGCUUGCAUCACAGCAUUGAGAAGGAGAAAACUAUAAGACAUAUUGGCGAUUUCUGUUCCUCAUACUCUGUGAAAAAAAUUCAGGUUGGAAUCUGCUUACUUCUGGUGGAGCUGUGUGAGAGGUUCACGUUCUUUGAGGUCGUCUGCAACAUGAUCCCCUUUUGCACUAUCAAGCUUGGCUAUCACAAUUGCCAGGCAGCCAUCUUAAACUUGUGUUUUAUUGGAACUUCAGUACUUACCCCUGUGUUUAUUGGAUGGGUCACUGAUGUCUAUUUAGGAAGAAACAAACUGGUGUAUAUUUGCUUGUUUCUACAUUUUCUAGGCACUGCUUUGUUAUCUGUGGUGGCUUUUCCCUUGGAAGAUUUCUAUCUGGGCACUUACCAUGCAGUUAACAACAUACCAAAAACAGAGCAGCACAGGCUGUUUUACGUAGCACUGUUGACCAUUUGCCUUGGCAUUGGAGGCAUAAGAGCCAUCGUCUGUCCACUGCGUGCUUUUGGCCUUCAGGAGUAUGGAUCACAAAAAACAGUGUCUUUUUUUAACUGGUUUUACUGGCUCAUGAACCUAAAUGCAACCAUUGUGUUUCUGGGAAUAUCUUACAUCCAGCACUCACAGGCCUGGGCCCUUGUUUUACUUAUUCCUUUUAUGUCUACACUUAUGGCUCUGAUAACUCUUCAUAUGAUAUACUACAACCUAAUUUAUCAGUCAGAAAAACGUUGUUCUCUCCUGACAAGUGUUGGGGUGUUGGUUAGUGCACUGAAAACAUGCCACCUGCAAUACUGCCCUCUUGGCAGAGACGCGACAAGCCAGUUAGACCAUGCCAAAGAAAAAAAUGGUGGCUGCUACAGUGAGCUCCACGUAGAAGACACAACAUUUUUCCUCACCCUUCUCCCUCUCUUCAUUUUUCAGCUCCUAUACAGAAUGUGCAUUAUGCAGAUUCCUUCAGGAUAUUAUCUGCAAACCAUGAAUUCCAACCUGAAUUUGGAUGGAUUUCUUCUGCCGAUUGCAGUAAUGAAUGCCAUCAGCAUCCUACCACUACUAAUUCUGUCUCCUUUUCUGGAGUAUUUCAGCACCUGCCUGUUUCCCUCUAAGAGAGGUGGAUCAUUUCUGUCAACAUGCAUCAGCAUUCUCCUUCCAGGGACUGUCAUGUUUAAGGAGGCAGAUGGUAAAGUCAAUGACAAUGCCUAA